UCGCAGCGCUAGUCGGCCUGCACACUCGACACAGAGCACACGCGCUCACACGCGCACGCGAGUCUCCCGCCCGCUACGAUCGCGAUUAUCAAACCAAAAUAAACUAUAAGCUUUUGAGGACUUUUAUAAACAAAUAUGCCCGAAUAAAUAAAUCGAGAUGUCGUUCUGUAGAAUAACUGGCCGCAGUCGAGGGCUACCGAAGCCCAACUAUUUCCCGCUACUCGCCCCUAUUUCACCUGCUGACGCCAAGCGAUGCUGCAGGAUCACCGGAAAAUCCUAUGGGCUGCCUUCACACCACUACAUUCCAGUACUUCUAACCGCCCGCUCAUCGAAGGCAAAAUGUAAAAUAACAAACGUAUCCGGCGAACUGGGACCACAUCACUACUCCCCUGAGAUAAACUAUGGCAAUAGAAAACACGAGAUUCUUCCAGACUACAGAUAUAUUUUCCCUGUACUCGAUGGCUCUACGGAAGCACAGAAAAGCCUGUUGGAAAUGUUACUCGGCAAACAAGUUACAGAAGAUAAGCGUUACGUGUAUACAGUGCAAGAGAGAAGAUGCAGUUUGGUGUUUUCCGCUCAAAUGGAAGCGGCAGUGCGAGAUGGUGACGUCAGAGAUGUCAUGCUGGCUAAGGAUUCUGAUACUGUGUUGAUAAAAACAAAGCAUGGUCGCAGUGUCUCUAUGGACUUCAAGGAUUUCACUGAAGACGUUGAAAUGUUUGAAGGUGAAGGACCUAAUGCUGAGGUGCUAAAACAAAGAGAAAUUGAAGAAUUAGAAGAAAAGAAGAAGAAGAGAAAAAGAGCUGCUGGACUGUCUUCUAUGAAGAAAAUAUUUGAAAACAAAGAGAAAUUAGCAGAGGUAGAAGAACUUGAAGAAGAAAAGUUACGUGUCGAACGAAAAGCGAAAAAGGCUAAGUUUGAAGAAGUUAAACAUGAUGUCAAAACAUUUAGCUAUAAUAGCUUUGAUGUACACCACAUGCGGUCAAAGUCAAGUAUUAUUGCAUGCGCUAGUGAAUGGAGAGAACAAAUGCACCCAAUUAUCGAAACGUGGGAUUGGGAAACAUUUGAGAAAGAUGUAACUAACGAGCGCAUCGUACCUAAAGCAACUAAAUUACCGACUCCGGUAAAAAUAACUCCACACCACUGUGAUGCGGAAAUUUAUGAAGUUGACCGAAAUGUCGGUGAAGUGUCCAUACCAUUAGAAGUAGUGCCUUGUGUCAACCCUUUAAAACCAAUAAAGACACGUCCCACGGAAACAGUUUUGAGUGCCGUUAAGGAAAUACCAAAAGAACGUUUGACCGAUACCGCAGAUAUUAUAGAAAAGUUAGUGGAAAGUGAUAAAGUUGAUCUUCUUCCAACAAUGGAACAUCUUUCUGAAGUUGUGAAAAAUAUUAAAAAAGGAAAGAGAGAAAAAGUGGCUAAAAUAUCCGGUCUUACAUUAGAUAUAAAUAAAGCGAAGACAUUUAUUCCUGGACAAGUGGUUAAUACACCACAAGGUCCUGUUUUCGUGCCCGGUCAAACAGUUGACACUCCUAUCGGCCCCGUAUUUGUUCCUGGUUUAAGUGUAAAUACUCCAGCUGGUCCUGGAUUGAUUCCUGGUCACAUUGUUACCAAUGAAAACACAAAUGAACCUUUCUUCCUUGCGGGUCAAGUACUGCAAACAUCAAAUGGGGAAGAAUUUGUUUGUGGGCAAACAAUAAAAAAUAAAGACGAUACUUAUCGCUUUGCUGAAGGCCAAACUGUACUUUCUGAAGAAGGCCUCAAGUUCGUGCCUGGUAAAAUAAUAAAUACUGGUCCCGAGGAUGUGUUUGUACCUGGACAAACUUUGAUGACACCCGAAGGAGUACAAUUUAUUCCAGGACAAACAAUAAUGGAAAAUGAUGGCAUAACAUUCACUCCUGGACAAAAUGCAAAGAUUAACAAUGAGUGGCAGUUUGUACCUGGACAAGUGUUGCAUCAAGAUGACGAAUUGCACUUCGUACCAGGAGCCACGAUAGCUACACCCAAUGGUCUCAAAUUUGUUCCCGGUCAGACAGUUUCUAUUGAUGGCGAAACUCUUUUUAUACCUGGCAUUACGAAAACAAGAAGCAACAAUGAGCUGGAGUUUGUUCCUGGAACUACUGUUGAAACUAUCGAUGGGCCGAAGUUUAUUGAAGGACAAUUAGUACACACUGACUGUGGUGAAAAAUUCAUGCCAGGAAAAACAAUCGUACAAGCAGACGGACAUGUUGAAUUUUCUGUUGCAAAGUCCAUUGAAGAUAUCACAUUCUGUGAAGGUGCACCCGUAGGGUUGCCUAUUGAUAUAAAAACAUGUUCCCUUUCUGAAGAAUCAUUGUAUGUAUUUGGACACAUGGUGCAAACAGCGAAAGGAAUUGAAUUUUAUCCCGGACCAAGGAUGCCAAAACUAGAAGGCAAGGUCGUCCCAGGGCGACUUGUAAAGAAUGAAGCAAAUGAAUCUCGAUUUGUUCCUGGAAUGAUGGUUGAAGGCAUAUUCGUUCCUGGUCAAAUAGUGUUUACGGAAAAUGGAGAACAAUUUGUUCCCGGUCAAGUGGUUGAUACAGCUGAUGGACCCAAAUUUGUUCCUGGACAAGUUGUAAAUACCAAAUCUGGACCUAAAUUUGUUCCUGGUCAGACCAUACAUACAAUCGAUGGUCCACGUUUCGUACCAGGCCAAAUUAUUGAAACUAAAGCAGGUCCAACAUUCAUCCCAGGUCAAGUCAUUUCCACAGAAGAUGAAGGUUCUAGGUUCGUGCCCGGUCAAGUAGUUGAUACCGAGGAAGGUCCAAGAUUUGUCCCCGGUAGAGUCAUAGAGACUGAUGAUAAUGGCGUAACGUUUAUUCCUGGACAAAUUGUUCAGACUCCGGAAGGAUUAAAGUUCGUUGCUCCCGAUCUUACUGAGGGUGAUGAAGGACUUGAGUUUUCUGUUCAGAGUUUUGUUGUUACUCCUGAAGAAUUAAAGUUACUCAAAGUCAAAACAAACCCGAACGAUACAACUUCAACAAAAGGAGAAUUGACUAUAGAUACGAACAUGCUACGACAACUUUCUGAAGCUGGAAUGUCAAUUGGUAGACAAGUACCCGCUGAGUUACCUGCUAUCAACGUUGUACUAAAUCACACAAGAAAUGCUGAAGCAUUGAAGGCUUUUGUAACAGAUUUUGGUUUAAAAGAUGAAGUGGCAAAUCAAUUGAUGGAUGUGAUUACUUCGAUAAUUGAAAUGAGUGCCCAUUUGAAAUCCGAAAUCCACGAAAACCACAAAGAAAAUGGAUUACCAAAUGAUAUGAAAAAGAAAAAUGGCAAGAAACGAAUGGAUAUACAAGACCAUGUUGGGUUUUCCGGCGGCAAUGGACAAUCAGCUCAUCAAGAACAUGUUAAAAACUCUAUCGCUGCUGCUGUGCUAGCUGCUUUGGUUACUGCAGAACAAUUCGAGGAAGUUAAUAACAACAAUAGUAAAGAAAAGUAUCAAAUGAUUCUAAAAUCCAUUGACACUAUUUUAGGAAAAACUAUUGAUGAAGACCUUGUAUCUGCUAUGUUUAAUAUUCUGCAAAAGGAAGAAGAUAAAGAAUUGCUUCGUGAAGAAAUCCUUGAGAACUCCUCCCAGCCUAAGGUUGAAUUGAUCAAAAUUGCCGUCAACAAUACAUUGCAUAAACAUUCCUUCACUGAAGAUGACAUAAUUGAAAAAUUCGGAGAAUAUCUGAGCAGUGAAAAUGAAGUACUGGGGCCAGCCUUCAAAAAUAUUUCAAAAAUCGACUCUAGCCUCCUUCAUCACGUUCUUGGUCGUAUUUCAGAAUCUAUUUCGUUCGUGAAAUCUGACCGCGAAGUCACAGAAACAUUACAAAAGGCGAUAGUCUGUGCGGUACAAGAGGCAAGUACCAAGGAGUUGGAAGUAUUAUUCCAAGACAAAGAUAAAGAAAAUCUUAAAGAAUUAAUUACUCAGUCUGUCGGACUUGCGAGAAUUCUCGGCCUAAGAGAUGUGGCCGCUAAUUUAAUAUCAGUGAUAAAUGAUGAAGACAGCAUGUCUAAAAUAGCAUCUGACCCUACAAGCCUGAACAUUCUGAAGAGACUGACCGUCAUGCGAAAACUAGCUGAUAACACACCGAGCUUGCAUUCCGCGCUACACAAACUGGAAACAGACCCAUCACUGGCUCGCACAGAUCCUAAACUAAGGGAUUUAGUAAGAGAAAGUGCUGCGUUGAUGAUUGUUCCAGAGGAAACUCCAUUGAUGACUUCUGAAGACGUUCCAUUGAAUUUACUAGACCCAGAAAACAGCCUGGCAAUGGAAGACUUUUUAUUCCAAAGAAGAAAACAGAAAGGAGCUUUAUUGAUUAUGAAGAAGGGUUUGCAAGCGGUGGUUCCUCGUGAAGCUAGUCGCUCCGUACUGACCGGUGAAGUGGCGUAUACAGUCCUCGAUGAAAAUGGAAUUCGACAUUUUGAACCACUACACGUUUUCUCAGCUUUAAACCUCAGUCAGCCAACAGCACAUCGUUUCUCGAUGUACAGCUGUCCUGUAGUAGAUGAUGAUGAUGAAGACCUGCAGUCGUUCACCGGGUACUGCAACAUAAGCAACAAUCAGAAGAUCACUAGACUGGGCGGCUGGUCGCGCAGAUACAGCGGCGUCUUGUUAGACAGAGAGAACACUAGGAGUCGAAUGAGUAGCUUGGAAACGACGCCAAGUUAUAAACGAUACCCCUCUCGUUCCAUGUCCAGUUCUAGAUCUAGGUCUAGUUGUAGUAGGAGCCCGCCUAAGGUAGAAGACGUUGUGGUUGCAUCAGCUGACUACUCAGCUGUUGCAGACGACGAAGUGUCUCUGAAGGCCGGCGACAUCGUAGAGGUUCUCGACACCAAGUCAGCCCUCGGAUCAAAGAAUUCCCGGCUCGACCCUGAGCUGGACAUCAAGGCCGAACUAUUGGACGCCUCCGCUGCCAAGCACAAGCUGGCUGUACGACCCAAGAAGAACCACCCCAGGAAAAAGACUGUCACCUCCAAGACUUAUGACGAAGGAAGAUGGCUAGUCCGCGUGAUAGAGGACGUGCAGGAGGGCGAGCUGCGCACGCGGCAAGGGUACGUGCCCGCCGACGUGCUCAAGGAGAAGCAGACUGCUGAGAGGGACCAAACUGCUCUGGCCGCGAGAAGACAGGCCGUAGUACGAGAGUUAGUAGAGACGGAGGAAGAGUUCGGACGCGACAUGCAGCAGGUGGUGACGAGGUACAUGAAGCCCAUCGACAAGGCCACUACGCCCAAAGCAGUCUUCGACAACCGGGAGCUGCUGUUCUCCAACUUCAGACAAAUCUGCGAGUUUCAUAAUACUGUAUUACUAGAGGGGAUAAAAUACUACGCCAGCGAACCGAAAAUGCUCGGACGAGCACUUCUACGAAUGGAGCGAGAAUUCGACAAGCACGUCGGCUACUGCCGCGACGAGCCACGAGCACAGCAUCUGCUGGCCACCGAUCCCGUGGUCAAUAAGUACUUCCAGGAUUUAGCAGAUAGCCUACGUGACGACAAAGGUAUCUCCGAACAUCUGAAGCUUCCAAUCCAAAGAAUCAACGACUACCAACUACUGCUGAAGGAAUUAGUAAAAUACUCAAAAAGGCUAGGUGAAGAUUGCUCCGACCUCCAGAAGGCAUUAGAACUCUUCCUCAGUGUCCCGAACCGAGCCACUGACAACAAGUUCAUCGCGAGCAUCGAAGGGUUCCGUGGUAACAUCUACAAGCUCGGUCGACUGCUCACCCACGACUGGUUCACUGUCUCUGAUACUGAGGGAAAGUCCAGGGAGAGAUACGUGUUCCUCUUCAAGGCCCGUGUCCUCAUCUGUAAGGUCAAGAAAGUCGGAGACGAUCGCUCAGUCUUCGUGCUUAAGGAUAUUGUCAAGCUACCGGAGGCUGAAAUCAAGGAAAAUCCGGCUGAGCCCCUAAAGUUCACACUCUGCCAGAAAGACCCGCCGCUAACUGUCACACUAGCUGCUCACAAGGAGCAAGUCAAAACCAAUUGGCUCGCUGAAAUCAGAAAACACGCUAGUGACCUCGUCGCCUUAGCCGAGCACGCAGCAGACGACCUCCAGGUACUACCACCUGAAGGCGUUCCAGCAGAACCUGAGGAAAAGAAGAAGAAGAGAGAUCACGCUGAAGUUGCACAAGCAGAAGCAGUAGAUACCAAAGAAAAACGCUCACGCGUUGAAGAAACUACUCAAGUAGCAACUACAGAAGAGGCUCAACAAAUUAAAACAAAGAGGAAAGCAUCAAUAGAAAGUGAGGUCGCGACCAAAAUCUCUAAGUCUGAAGUUACCGAGGUAUCUUCAGUCAGCGAGACACAACAAUCCGUCAAAGUCAGCUCAGUCAGUGAAAGCUCUAAAGUCACUGAGAAAACCGCGUCUGUUUCACAAUCGGAGCAAACUAGUCAAAUUACUGUAGUCGCUGCUGCAUCAGAAGUAAAGGUUGCGCAAGCGACAUCCGUGCAGUCGACACAACAGACGUCUGUACAGAGUUCUACUGUUCAACAAUCGUCUCAGGAGAGCUCAGUACAAGCAAGCUCUCAGAAGACAUCAGUCACUGAACAGUCUACUGCACAAUCAAUUGAAAGUAGUACACAAGUUGCUCAAAUAUCGUCAUCUCAAGCAACCAGUGUUGAAUCAAAAACACAAGAAGCUACAUCUAUACAACAAACUUCGUCUGUUGAACAAUCUAGUAAGCAAGCAACAGCUACUGAAUACAAGACACAAGCAUCGGUGAAGGAGACAACAGUUGAGGCAACUGUUGUAGCGUCCCAACAAUCUACUAAUGUACAAGAAGUAACCACACAACAAUCGGUAGUAGAAGAAACUAAGGAAAGUACAGUAGAACAGGUCAGUUCCACUGGCGCCGAGUCUACGGAGCAAGCAUCUGGUAACGGUCAAACUGUAACCACAGAGGAAGUUGGGGACGACGAGAUGUCUAGGUAUAGCCGCAGUACGCGGCUCUCUGGAGAGUACUCCAGUAGCAGCCGAAAAUUAUCAAGUGGAGGUCGCUACGAGUCAUCGUCUACAUACGAUGGCAGUGGAUUGACUUCAUCUUACUCCCGACGUGAAAGCGGCUCACGUCUGGAAUCCUCCAAAUACGAGUCAGGAGGUGCCAUCGAGGGAACUGCAAGUUCCCGCUACGAAUCAAAGUACUCCUCGAAAACUGAAGGAGGAUCUAAGUAUGGAAUUGAGUCCAGCUACGAAAGCAAAACGGAAUCUGGUUCCAAGUACGGAAUCGAAUACGACGGUGCUAGCAAGAUCGACAGCAUCGCAUCCAAGUACGGCAUCGAAUCCAACGUAGAGAGCAAAUCUGAACGAUCUGCCUAUGCCAUCGAAGGUGAUAGUGCUAGCAAAAUUGACAGCAUUGCCUCAAAAUACGCAUCAAAGAGAAACAGCAUCAAAUCUAGCGUUGAAGGUGGCAAGGUCGAGUCAAGUCUGGAAGCCAAAUAUGAAAGCAAGGUAGAAAGCUCUGCUUAUGGCAUUGAGUCCGACACCACAAGCAAAAUUGACAGCAUCGCGUCCAAGUACGCUUCAAAGAGAAAUAGUAUCAAAGCUAGCAUUGAAGGAGACAAGGUCGAGUCUAUUUCUUCUACGACUGAGAGUAGCUACGAGACUGUAAAGAACGGAGACUCAUCUUACGAGAGCAAGUACUCAAAGAAGUCUAUCGCCAACGGCUCAGUGAGCACUGGCUAUGAAACAGCGAGGUCCAUCUCUAAAUCUGAAUCUCAAGACGGGAAGCCAGUAUUCUCGAAAACUUUAGAAGGCCAGAACAUUGAGCCUGGUGAAAACGCAAUCUUCGAAUGUCUUCUGCGUGAGUCCAAGGACGUGAAGGUGACGUGGCUGAAGGACAACAAGCCCCUGACGGACCGACUCAUGGACCGCUGCUCCAUCUCCCUGGAGGACGACGGGGGAUUCAAACUGGAACUGAAGCAUUGCAGGGAGUCUGACGCGGGAGUAUACACCGCCAUCGCAGAGAAUGUCAAGGGAAAUGCCCAUUGUACCGCACAGUUAGUCGUGCAGGAGUUGACGGCAGAGGAACGUAGAGAGAGGAAUGCUCUGAAGGCGCCUUACUUCCUCGUGGCGUUGAAGGACACGGAGAUCAUGGAGAACACCUAUCUACGCUUCAUGGUGAAGGUCAAGGGCGACCCUAACCCUGAGGUUAAGUUCUACCGCGACGACAAGGAGAUCCUGACAACGUCGGAGUCCGACCGAGUGUCCAUCAUCCGCACGCGCGCCGAGCGAGGAUGUUACGAGCUGGUGAUAGCGGACGUGCUGCCCUCUGACGCCGGCCGCUACUCCUGCAGGGCCAUGAACAUCUACGGAGAGGUCACCUCGGAGGCUACUGUCUCUGUAGUCGACGACAAGAACAUUUUCGGCGAACUCCCACCUGGCGGCGAAGGUCUGCUGGCCAAAGGAGAGAAGCCAUCGUUUACAUGGAAGAGAGAUGGACAGGCUUUCGACCCUGAAGAGAGGUUUAAGGUGUUGUUAGGUGACGACGAGGACUCCCUGGCGCUGGUGUUCCAGCACGUGAAGCCGGAGGACGCCGGCAUAUACACCUGCGUCGCCAAGACUAGCACUGGGAACAUCUCCUGCUCCGCUGAACUCACUGUGCAAGGCGCGGUCCACGAGCUGCACCGGGAGCCGGAGCGGCCGGCGCUGGUCAUAGAGCACCGCGAGGCCAUCGUGUCCGCCGGCGCAUCCGCCAUGUUGGAGCUCGUCUGCAAGGGGUACCCCAAGCCUAACAUCGUCUUCAAGCAUAAAGGAAAGGACGUUGAGGCCGAUACUAGGCACAAGUUCCUGUACGAGGACGAGGAGUCCAUGUCCCUGGUGAUAAAGAACGUGACGCAGGCAGACGCGGGCGAGUACCAGGUCACCGCCUCCAACGAGCUGGGAGAGGAUACCACCACCAUGCAUCUAGUCGUCAAGGCAGCGCCUAAGAUCAAGAAGAAGAUCGAGAACCAGACUUGUAUGGUGAGCUCCACCCACACAGUAACAAUCGAGAUAGAAGGUGCACCGGCUCCAGACGUCACCUUCUACAAGGACGGAGUCGAGAUCAAGAGCUCGGAGCGGAUCACCAUCGUGAAGGAGUCCGACGAGGUCUACAAGAUCACCAUCAAGGACGCCAAGCUUACUGACACCGGAUCCUACUCCGUGGUCGCCAAGAACGAAGUGAACCAGUGCUCGGACUUCUGGCAGUGGCACGUGACGUCACCGCCCAAGGUUAUCAAGAAGAUGGGAGAGACCAAGGUCUGCGAGGAGAAGGAGACUGUCACCUUCAAGGUCGAGACUGAGUCUGAACCCGCACCCACUGUGUCUUGGUAUAAGAACAAAGUAGAGCUAUCAGAGUCAUCGACAGUGAAGAUCUCGUCAGCCGGGGAGGCGCACUCCCUCGUCAUCACAUCGGCCGCUAAAGCUGACGCCGGCGAGUACUCCUGCGAGAUCCGCAACAUCCACGGCAGUACGUCGGACUCGUGCGCGCUGAAGGUCCGGUCGGGCCCGCAGUUCACGCAGAAACUGCGCGACUCGGCCGCCAGCGAGGGCGACCGCGACGUCGAGUUCACCGUCGCCGUCGAGGCAUACCCUGAACCCACCGUCAAAUGGUACCUGGGCGACGUGGAGAUAACAGAGAAGAAGUCAGUAUUCACCCGCGUGGACAGCGGGAACACUCACAAGUUGAUCCUGAAGGAAGUGUCGGCGGAGUACUCCGGGAACUACUCCUGCAAGGUCUCCAACGUGCUCGGGGAGGACUCGUGCUCCGCCACCUUCACUGUCAACAGGAAGCCUCGUUUCACGAAGAGUCUGAUCGACAUGACGGUGGACGCUGGGCAGACGCUGAAGCUGGACGUGGAGGUGGAGGGAUGCCCCGAGCCCAAGGUCAAGUGGUUCAAGGACGGGAAGGAAGUCAAUACUGAUGCCAGGAUUAAGAUCGAGAGAGAUACUAAGAGAUUGGAGAACUAUCACCUAUCAGUGACUCUGGUGAAGGAGGAAGAUGGCGGUGACUACGAGGUCAGAGCCGAAAACGAGUUUGGUAGUGUCUCUUCUAAGAGCACGGUCACCGUACACACUCGCGAGAUUCAUUCGACGUUGAAUAAAGAAGCGAUUAUCGAAAGUGAAGUAGACGACGAAAGCAAAAAAUCGAAAAAGGCUCUAGAAGACGAUGUGGACAAAGGAAAUAAAAAGUCAGGCAAGUUAGCCAAAGCGGAGACUGUAGAAGAAAAAUCUAUAUGGGAUGAUGACGAAGAUGGUAAAGCUAAAAAAUCAAGUGUUGAUGACGUAGAUGCAUCACCCAAGUCAGCUAAGAAAUCGCUCACAGAACCAGAGGUUGCUGAAGAAAAGUCAUUCUGGGAUGAUAACGAUGACGACAAAAAAUCCAAAAAAGCUUCCGUUGAAGAGGUAGAUUCAAAGCCAACUAAAGGGAGGAAAUCUAUCACAGAACCUGUGGUUGCUGAAGAAAAGUCUUUCUGGGACGAUGCAGAUGAAGAUAAAAAAUCCAAGAAGCCGUCAGUUGAUGAAGUAGAGGCAAAACCAGGUAAAGGAAAGAAAUCUGUCACUGAACCUGAAGUAGCUGAGGAAAAGUCUUUCUGGGAUGACGCAGAGGACGAUAAACAAUCUAAAAAGGUAUCCAUUGAAGAAGUAGAAUCGAAACCGGGUAAAGGAAAGAAAUCCGCCACUGUACCUGAGGUAGCGGAGGAGAAGUCGUUCUGGGAUGAUGCUGGUGAUGGAAAAACUAAACAACCUAUUGUAGAAGAACCCGAUACACCAAUUAGUAACAAAGCGAGGAAGUCCGUUACUGAACCCGAAGUAGCUGAAGAAAAAUCAUUCUGGGAUGACGUACAGGAUAAACCGAGCAAACCAACAAUUGAAGAAAUCGACUCGACACCUACUGAUAUGGGAAAGAAAUCAUUCUCAGAGCCAGAAACAGUAGAAGAGAAAUCAUUCUGGGAUGAAAACCACAAUGAACAAAACAAGAAACCUGUCGUGGAAGAGGUUCUUACCAAGAAAGACGCGGGAGAGAAAAGUGCCACUAAACCUGAGUCGAUAGAAGAGGUCCCCAUCGCCGACGAACUGAAGUCACCCAAGCGUAAAUCCGUUAAAAAACAAUCCCUUGAAGAACCAUUAAGUGCUGGAACAGAAGGCCGAGUUUUCGAAACGGUAACUACGUUCAAGACAGGCGAAGACGGUGCUAUUAUAAUGUCUAAAGUCAGCAGCACUCGGUCUCACGGCGCUAUUAUCACAGGUCCGGCCGAAACACACACUUUACACAAAAUGACGUCAAAAUCACUUUAUUACGAUGAUGAUGACUUUUUCGGCGGCAGAAGGUUAAUACAGCCAAACAAACCACACACGACUUCUUUGGAAGUCGAAGAAAUUGCUAGCCACAGUUAUUUCUUGACGGAGAUGGGCCAUUAUACCAUACCGGAUCAUGUCAGGCGAGGUACCUAUGGUAUUAUUGAAGAACCACAAACAGACUCGGAGGCUGAUGCUGGAUCACGAUGUGGAAAGAUGGGAGCGAGCCGAACUGUGUCUAUCAUGUCAGUCUCGGAGGAUGAGAUGAGCUGGCAAAACGAACCUCUCUCUAGAGAGAUAUCGAUCGAAGACUUGUCGAAGUCUAUAUUCGACAUUGACGAAACCAGAAAAGUGUUUAGCAAAGACUCGUACGUUCGCCAAACUUCUUUCAAAGAAGAUUACAUCAUUGGUGAAGAUGAAGAAGAGUCUUUGAUUUUAAAAGAAAAGUCGCAAAAGGUAUUCGAGAAUGACAUCACAGAGAAACUCAUACACAUUUCGAAGGAAUUCGACGAAAACGAAUACAAAUCCGUCGACAAAAAGAUAGAUAACGUUAAAAAUAGAAUCAUAGAAGAACUAGUAUUAGCGCCCAUGAAGAACUUCGAUAACAUUACGAAAGAUGUAACGGAGACUACUGUUGAGAGGAAGAGAAAGAAUGAAACCAAGCUAUUUAGUUUGGAGGAGGAGGUGGAUGACGAGGUAGAAGCCCUACUGAGACGAAGCCAGAGACAGAGGAGCAUACUAGAUGAUAUCCUAAAUGUGGAAGAUGAAAAAGCACCACCCACAGUCAAAGGCGGCAGUAUGAAGGACGGGCACGCAUACGAGUCCCUACCUCUAGUUUACUCAGUAGAAGUCUCCGGUACCCCGAAACCUACGAUUCGUUGGCUGCACGACGGCAAGGAAGUGAAGCCAUGCGGCAGGGUCCACAUCACCAAUGAUGGAGAUCUGUUCAAGUUAGAGAUUGACAGCGUUCAGAUGAAGGAUGCUGGUAAAUGGCAGUGUGAGAUCGUCAACGAUCUUGGAAAACAAGUGCAAACCGCUCAACUGUCUGUGUCACCGGAGUCCGAGCUCCGCAAGCCAAAGUUCACGAGUCCCCUGGAAGCCCAGCGCGUGCUGCAGAAGGAGCCGGUGUCGCUGCGGGCGGUGUGCACGGCCGACCCGCGGCCGCACGUGGCGUGGCUGCUCAAUGGGGUCGAGCUCGCGCCCAGCGCCACCGUCGUCACCUCCGCUGAUACCAAGGAUCUAGAUCAUGGACUCAAGGAAUGCACCUUUACUCUGCAAAUUCCUACUGGUCGUCACACGGACACUGGUGAGUACACGAUCCAGGCUACGAACAAGUACGGAGUGGGAGAGAGUUCCGCGCGCCUCGACAUCUUGCUGCGACCUGAGAUUGAAGGUCUGAAGGAUGUCACCGCAGUGCCCUUCGAAGAAACCACCUUCAUCGCCAACGUUAGGGCCAACCCUAUCGCUGAGGUCAAGUGGCACAAAGACGGCUACGUGAUUCAGCCAUCGUCUCGCUACGACAUAGUGGAGGACCUGGCUAACGAGAAGUACCAGCUGACUGUCAAGAAGGUAGGAGUGGAUGAUGGAGGAGUCUAUACUCUGGUCGCCAAGAAUGAGGUCGGGGAGACCUCGCAGCAGGCCAAGCUUAUUGUGCAUACCGGAGCGCCAGUAUUCACGAAGCCUCUCCAGAAGCAAUCAGUGAAGGACUACGACGACUGUACCCUGAAGGUCCGCUGUGACGGAGUGCCCAAACCGGACGUGGAGUGGUACAGGGAGGGGACACUCGUGGCCAACGACGACCGACAUACCGUCACUACUGAGGUCGGGGGACAGGUCGACAGCGAACUCGACAUCAAGCACUUCAAUGCUAGCGAUGCGGGCAAGUACAAGGUCCGCGCAGUGAGCCUGGCCGGCGAGGCAGUCUGCGAGGCCGUCAUCACGCUGGAGCAGAAGUCCCCCGGCUUCACUCACAAACUCGACAGACAGAAGGAUGUCGACGAGGGAGACCUGCUCGAACUCAAGGCCAAGCUCGAUGGCAGCCCCAUUCCUACUGCUAAAUGGUUCAAGGACGGCGCCCCGCUGUCUCCGGACGACGCCCGCGUCCAACAGACUGCCCUGCCGGACGGUACUGUCAAACUGAGCAUCGAACACGUGACCCCGGCGGACUGCGGCGCGUACAAACUCGUCAUCUCCAACCCUCACGGAGACAGCUCCGCGCUCUGUGCUGUCGCCGUCAACCCUACCCCUAGGAAGCCGUCAUUCAGCCAAGAGUUGGAAGACGUGAAGGCAGUGGUCGGACAACCACUCAAGUUGGAAGCCAGGGUCAUGGCAUUCCCUGCGCCGGAGAUCAAGUGGUUCAAGGAUGGUCUCCCAGUCCGUCCGUCGCAGGCGGUGAACUUCGUGAACCAGCCGGGCGGACUGGUCGGACUCAGCAUCGACUGCUGCAAGCCCGAGGAUGCUGGGAACUAUGAACUUACUGUCACCAACAAGCUCGGAGAAGUUGCCUCUAAAGCCAAGGUGGAAGUAGGUCAGAAGGAGCGCAAGCCUGCGUUCAUUGCUGAGCUGCAGCCCACUAAGGUCAUUGAAGGGUUCCCCGUCAAGUUGGAGGUCAAGAUCCUUGGACACCCACAGCCUACGCUUAAAUGGACCCACAACGGCAAAGAGAUAGUCCCCGACGGGCAGCACGUCCGCGUAGUGUCUGCGGCGGACGGGAGCCACGCGCUGCUCAUCGACCGCGCCGCCGCGCCCGACGCCGGACAGUACGGGGUCGUCGCCGCCAACCACAAGGGGGAGACGGCCAGCACUGCUGACCUUACUGUCGCUAGUCGUACGGACGACUCGACCCCCCAAGAACGUCCCCGCUUCAUCCACGGUCUGCGUGAUCUGACCGCGGAGGAGGGCCAGCCCCUGUCGGUGUCGGUGCCAUUCGUCGGAAACCCGGUGCCUGAAGUCACCUGGACCAAGGACGGAGUGCCGCUCAAACCUAACGAGAAGAUACGGUUGACUUGUGAUGGAAAGAGGGUUGGCUUGGAGAUCAGUUCGAUGGAGUUGCCAGACGCGGGCGUGUACUCUAUAAAGUUGGUGAACCCCCUGGGGGAGGACUCCUCCGAUGGCAACAUCAAUGUACGCAAGGUCUACUCCGCACCUACCUUCUCACAGAAAUUCACCGAUCUGCAGCAGCUACCAACAUUCGACGCGAAGUUCCCGGCGCGAGUGUUCGGCAUCCCGUUCCCGGAGAUAUCGUGGUACAAGGACGGCGCCCUGCUGCGGCCCAGCGACAAGUACAGCAUGAAGCGAGACGGCGACGCGGCCUGUCUCUACGUCCGCGACCUGGCGCCGGCCGACGCCGGCCGCUACCAGUGCGUCGCCAGGAACAGGGAGGGACAGGCUACUUGCGAGGCCAAUCUGGAGGUCGUUGAUAAGAUAGCCCGCAAACAGAAGGUGGAGCCGCCAGAGUUCCUGAAGAAGAUCGGCGACAUCGAGGUGUUCCGCGGCAUGAGUGCCAAGUUCACUGCCUGCGCCACCGGGACACCAGAGCCCGACGUCGAGUGGUACCGUAACGACGAGCGUCUGUUCCCCUGCGAGAGGAUCCGCAUGGACAAGGAGACCACUGGCCUGCUCCGGCUCACCAUCGGCGGCGUGGCCCCCUCCGACGUGGGCACGUACCGCUGCAGGAUAUACAACGCGCACGGGGACGCGACCUGCUCCGCGGAACUCACUUAUGACACCCUGGAGCCUCAUACCAGUAAGCGUCCAAUAGGCGACCAGUACUCGGACUUCGACAAGAUGAAGAAGACUGGUAUCCCCAUGCCCCUGGCAGACAGACCCAUCAUCAAUCGCAUGGCAGACAGACACCUCACGCUCGGCUGGAAGCCUUCCAUACCGCAUGGACCCAGGUUCCCUGUCACUUACCAGGUGGAGAUGUGCGAGGUCCCGGACGGGGACUGGUUCACGGCGCGGACAGGGCUCCGCUCGUGUGUCUGCGACAUCCGGAACCUCGAGCCCUUCAGGGACUACAAGUUCCGCAUCCGGGUCGAGAACAAAUAUGGAGUCAGCGACCCUUCCCCCUUCGCCAUCACACAUCGCUCCAAACUGGAGCCUGACCCACCCAAAUUCAUCCCGUACUUGGAACCUGGCAUUGACUUUAGACCAGAGACCUCCCCCUACUUCCCUAAAGACUUCGACAUAGAGCGUCCCCCCCAUGACGGCUACGCGCAGGCCCCCAAAUUCCUCCGCCAGGAGACGGACUCCCAGUACGGUGUGAAGGGACACAACGUGAACCUAUUCUGGUUCGUGUACGGGUAUCCUAAACCCAAGAUGACGUACUACUUCAACGACGAGCCCAUUGACAUCGGGGGCCGGUACGACUGGAGCUACACCAGGAACGGACAGGCCACGCUGUUUAUUAACAAGAUGUUAGAGCGCGACGCAGGUUGGUACGAGGCCGUAGCGACCAACGAGCACGGACAGGCUCGACAGAGGGUCCGCCUGGAGGUGGCGGAGUACCCCCAGUUCAUCCGACGACCUGAGGAACUGGUGCUGCUGCAGAGGCAUACUGGCAGGCUGGAGGCCAGGGUCACUGGGGUGCCCUACCCUGACAUCAAGUGGUACAAGGACUGGCAGCCACUCGCACCUAGUGCCAGGAUCAAGAUCCAAUUCAUCGAGCCAGACAUCUGCCAACUGGUGCUCCACGACGCCAUCCUGAAAGACGAGGGUCUGUACUCCAUCUCCGCGCGCAACGUGGCCGGCUCCGUCAGCUCGUCCGCCAUGAUAUAUGUAGAGGAGUCCGAGCACGAGUACAGUGACAGGAUCCGCGAGCACCCCCCGCGUAUAAAGGCGAGCACGAAGCCGUUCGGAGACUUCUACGACCUCGGAGACGAACUCGGCAGGGGAGUGCAGGGAGUCGUCUACCAUGCUGCGGAGAGACUCACUGGUCGCAACUACGCCGCCAAGAUAAUGCACGGCCACUCCGCCUUGAAGCCCUUCAUGAAGAACGAGCUGGACAUCCUGAACAUCCUCAACGACCGGCACCUGGUGCGCCUGCACGACGCCUACGAGCACGACCACACCCUGGCACUGGUCCUGGACCUGGCCGCCGGCGGCGAGCUCGUCCGGGACAGGCUGCUCCGGCAUCAGUUCUAUACCGAGAGGGACAUCGCCGGGUACAUUCGACAAGUACUGCGCGGACUCAAGUACAUGCACGAUAACAGCGUCGCGCAUCUUGGACUUACGAUCGGCGAGUUGGUCCUGUCCCACGCGGGCAGCGACGAGCUGAAGUUGUGCGACUUCGGUCUGUCGCGUCGCAUUCAGUUCAACAAGCACGCCAGCCUCGACUACGGCAUGCCGGAGUUCGUGGCGCCCGAGGUCGCCGCAGGGGAGGGCGUGUCCUUCGCCGCCGACCUCUGGAGUCUCGGCAUCAUCACAUACAUACUCCUCAGUGGACACUCUCCCUUCCGUGGCGUCAACGACCGCGAGACCUUGACACGUAUCCGUGAAGGUCGCUGGGACUGGCACGACGAAGAGUGGUGGUCCCGUCUCAGUACUGAGUCCAGGGACUUCAUCUCGAAGUUGUUGAUCUACAACUGGCACGAACGUAUCGAUGUCAACACCGCCCUGUCUCAUCCUUGGCUGACCCUCGCUGACAAGAUCUACCAGGAGGAGUACCAGAUCACCACUGACAGGCUCAGGAACUACUACAACUUGUACAGGGACUGGACCAGCAACGCACAAUGUCGCACGUGGUUCCGUCGCAAGCCACUCAGCGGGGCCUACGAGCAUCCCUCCAAGAUGGUCUACCCGCCUGGAGAAACUUACACACCGGAAGACACCCCCGACCGCGACCGCGCCCCGCACGAGCGCGAGCCCGGCCAGCACGACAUCAACUUCAAGCAGUGGGACCAUCCUGACUGGGAGGUCUCCGCCAAGUCCGAGAGCCACUACCAGAACGGUCCAGACACAUACCUGCUCCAGCUCCGCGACACCCAGUUCCCGGUGCGACUGCGCGAGUAUAUGAAGGUCGCGUGUGAUCGCUCGCCUGGGUACAGCCUCAACGUAUUCGAUACAUAUGACCCCAGGACUCCCAUCAUCCGUGAGAGACGUCGUUUCACCGACAUUAUGGACGAAGAAAUCGACGACGAGCGCCGCGAGAGGAUCAACAACUACGGCACCGAGUCAUACACCAUCCGUAGACUCAGACAUGAACUCGGCACCAGACUCGACUCGUACGCUGAGGCACAGGCACUCAUGGAGUCCAAGAAAGAUGGACAACUGCCAUUCUUCAGGGAGAAGCCACAACUCCUCCCCGUCAGGGAGGGAGAGAACGCACAGCUGUCCUGCUUCGCUGUCGGUGACCCUAAACCAACCAUCCAGUGGUUCAAGAACGACAUGGUCAUCGCUGAGGGACAACGCAUUAAGAUCAUUGAAGAUGACGAGGGUAGAUCUACGCUGAAGUUCGAACCCGCCAAGCAUCAUGACAUCGGCUUCUACAAGGUCGUGGCCAGGAACAAGGUGGGCCAGACCGUCGCCCGGACCAGGAUCGUAGAGGCCACGACCCCGGACGCCCCGGACAGCCCCAGUGCCGCCGAGGUGUCGGACACGGAGGUCCUGCUCCGCUGGAAGCAGCCCAAGUACGACGGCAACUCGCCCGUCAUCUGCUACAGUCUGCAGUACAAGGCGGGCGACAGUGUGGAGUGGCGCGAUGUCGCCAGCAACAUUGACCACGAGUUCUUCGUCGUCCGCGACCUCAGCCCCGACACCAGCUACCAGUUCCGGCUCUCCUCCCGCAACAGGAUCGGAUGGAGCGACAAGGGCAUCCCUACACACUUAGUCAAGACCAAACAAUCUGGUGCACCUAAAAUCGAAGUCACCAAAGCUAUGAAACACCUUCAACAGAUCACAGAAUCUGGACAGGAAGUCAAUCUAGAGGAGAACAGACCCAAGCUGGACUAUUCCUUGGAGGAUAGACCAGUCGAGUGGGAGUCAUCUCAGCAGUUCACAGAGCGUUACAGCUUCGUCUCAGAGUUGUGGCGAGGCAAGUUCUCGAUCGUUGUGAAGGGCAUCGACCGCGCGAAUGAUAAUGUUGUAGUGUCAAAGAUCCUGGAGAACAGACCAGAUACUGAAGUACAGAUCCAGAGGGAGUUCGAGUGCCUGAGGAGGUUGCGACACGAGAGGAUAUCGAACCUAAUAGCUGCGUACCAGGCGCCUGGCUCCUCGGUGUCAGCGUUCAUCUUGGAGAAGCUGCAGGGCGCAGACAUCCUCACGUACCUGUCGAGUCGCCACGACUACACGGAGCAGAUGGUGGCCACCAUAGUAACACAGAUCCUGGACGGACUCCAGUACUUGCACUGGCGUGGCUACUGCCACCUGGACCUGCAGCCUGACAACGUGGUGAUGGCGUCCGUCAGGUCCAUCCAGGUCAAACUCAUUGACUUCGGCUCCGCACACAAAGUCACCAAGUUAGGAACCAGUGUACCACAAGUAGGCGACCUGGAAUACAAAGCCCCGGAGAUCAUAAAUGACGAGCCUGCCUACCCACAAACAGACAUCUGGUCAGUGGGUGUCCUCACCUACAUAAUGUUGUCCGGCGUGUCGCCCUUCAAGGGAGCUGAUGACGCAGAGACCAAGCAGAACAUCUCCUUCGUACGGUUCCGGUUUGAACACCUCUACAAGGAAAUCACACAGGAGGCGACUAGGUUCCUGAUGUUCCUGUUCAAGAAGGUUCCCCUGAAGCGGCCGCUGGCGGAGGAGUGCUACGAGCAUCGGUGGCUCACUCAAAGCGACUUCAUGAACAAGAAGAGGGAGAGGGCCGUCUUCCUAGGCAACAGACUGAAGGAGUUCUCGGAGUCGUACCACGAGCGCAAGGCGCGCGAGGCGUCGCAGGCGGACACCGUGUCGGCCGCCUUCGGGGGCGCGCGCCGCCUCGUGCGCUCCACCAGCAUACAGGACGAACUGCUCACCACCUUCAACACGCACUGACCACGCCUUCGACACACAUCACUGUCCACACGCUCAGACCUGUUAUUUCUAAAUUGUUCAUGUGUUAGCUCAAUCGAAACAUUAUUAAGGUCCCUUCAAACACUAAACUAAGGGUUACAAGGAGCCUUAAAUCAAUCAUGUUUAAGUCCCAUAGAUUUUUUAUACGCGAUUUUUACUAGUAAAUCUGGACUUAAACCUGAUUCCAUAGGCUCCUUCUCCAUAAAUUUUGGCACUUCCAAGUGUGUCGCAAACAUCGUUCACUAAGUUUCAUGUACAUUAAUAUCAUCCAAACGAAAAUCUAGUCAUAAAGGAAAUGUUACGACGGUUUUGUUACUGUUAAGCUAUUUAUUGUAUACAAAUUUUUACUAUUUAUUUAUUAUUUAUACUAAUUGGUAUAUUAAUGCUCCAGUAUUAAUUACACUUAAUAA